CGAAGUUUCAGAGCGAAGUGUACAUAGGACGCAGCAAUUCACCACAACUCACAUUUCUACAUGGAGUGAGGAAAAACAUACAAAAUAUCGAAGUAUAAUCGCGUGAAUUGUCGAAAAAAACCAAUCAAUUCAUUCAUAUUACCUAGCUUUGUAUCGUCAUAAUUCUAAGUAGUGAUUUAAUUUGAAGUCAAAUAAUUUUUAGUAAACAUCAAUAAUUCAGUGUUUAUAAGAAUUUUGUUGUGUUUCUUUGUUGUGAAUAGUUCAUUGUUUGCAUCAUAUUUCCAAACUACGCAUUGGACUUAAUAGAGUUGCUGUGAAUGUUUGAGAAAUCGUUUAGUAAAUUGGUUUCGAUUGCUUUGGCAUUUCGAUGGAAUUCAUUUUGAAAAAAUCGAGUGACCAAAAUUCUAUUUUAAACAAUGAAUAAAACGUCCAUAUUGAGGGUGCAAUAUGUGAAAAUCUAUAAUCUGCGCUGAUGAUAAAGAAAUGUUCAUGAAAACAAAAACAAAAACAAAGUCCAUUUAUCGUAAAUGUUGACAUCGAAAAUACUGACAAAACAUUGAGACGAGAGAAAAAAAUCUAUAGCCAAAUUUUACGCUCACAAUAAUAGAGAGAAAGCAAGAACGAGCAAGAAAAAAUUCACGCUUAUGAGUUUUUUUUUCUCCAAAUUUUAUUUGUGUUUAUUUGUUUUUGGUUGUCUGUCGAGUUGAAAUUUCGAUGGUUUUGUUACGGCGUCUGCGCCGUCUGUUUUCCAUCCGUCCAACCAACCAAGCAACCAAAAAGAGCAAAAAGGAUAAAUAAAACGUUUCACAUCGAGCAUGCAGUAUUUAAACAACAGCACAACAAUUUCGACUAUUUCGUCAGUGACGACGUUCUAUCUUUAGCAGUUUUUCGUACUGAAAGCGUACGUCAAAUGUGCGACAAAGGCGAAUCGAAACACAAUAGAUGUUCAAACAAAGUAUUGCCGUUUGUCAACAACCAAUAGACAGGAGUUUUGAGUACGGACAAACAAAAAAUUCGACGACUAAAAUUAACGUGAAAAAUAAAAACAUCAAAAAACAGACUAAAAAUAAAUACGAUCGACGAACGAUUCAAUUUGGAUUGUUUUUCACGCAAAAGUCAAGUGAAUCAUGCACACCAACCAGUGAGUGACAUAAUGUGGGCAUUUCGAUAUUGUGUGUAAAUUUCCUUGGUGUCGAAUCGGCAUUUGAUAAGUGUAGUUACUACGAAAACCACACUGGUAUAUAAAUCACUCCAAUAAUUUUCUGAUUAAAUUCGAAUAAACGGCGUUGCUGCGAAACGAGAACACGAGUUAGUGGGUUUUUGGUGCACAAAUACUCAUCAUUUUUGACAGUUGUAAUUGUCAGAAUAUAUUUAUAAUAGUCGCAAUUCAUUCGUGACAAACGUGAACAUCAUUUAGUUCAGUUCUUCCUGCUUCGGAAAGGAAAAUUAAAAAUUAUUUCUAUAGUGUUUAUCUACAUUAGGACAUGGGACAGAUUUAAAACAGUGUGUGACGCUCGCCUGAAAAAAAGGGACGAAAUUCGUGUGAAAUCAACAUUGUAGGCUCAAGGAGAAGUGUUAAUCGGAAAAGAAAAACUUUUUUCGAACGUACGAGGCGAAUAUUGAACUACUAAACGGGAAUUCAAUACAAUGGAUUCGGACGACGAUACAUUUGAUAACGUUGAUUCGGGCAAUGUGUCAAGUGGCGAAGAUGAUUUUCCAAUAGUUGACGAAGUUGAGAUGAGCUGCUCCAAAGAUCGACAAAGUGAGCACGACGAAUAUCCAUACGAGGGACUGACGACUGAGGAAAUUGUUCAACAUAUGGUGGAUUGUAUCAAGGAAGUGAAUACUGUUGUUGAGAUACCGGCCACAACGUUACGCAUCCUUUUAAAUCACUUUAAAUGGGACAAGGAAAAACUCAUGGAAAAAUACUAUGACGGCGAUCAAGAGGCAUUCUUCCGUGAGGCACAUGUUAUAAAUCCCUUCAACAAACCGGUGGCGGUGACACGGCCCAAACUAAAACGCUCCGGUACCGAAGAAUGUGAAAUUUGCUUCUCAAAUUUUCCUCCAAGCAUGAUGACUGGAUUGGAAUGUGGACACAAAUUCUGCACACAUUGUUGGGGUGAAUAUUUAACGACGAAAAUCAUGGAAGAAGGUCUUGGUCAAUCGAUAUCAUGUGCAGCACAUGGUUGUGAUAUAAUUGUCGAUGACGUUACGGUGAUGAAACUGGUGAAUGAUUCACGUGUUAGGCUCAAAUAUCAGCAUUUGAUUACAAACAGUUUUGUCGAGUGCAAUCGUUUGCUGCGUUGGUGCCCGUCAGCCGACUGUUCGUAUGCAGUGAAGGUAGCCUAUGUUGAAUCUCGACCGGUUGCUUGUAAAUGUGGCCACGUAUUUUGCUUCGAAUGCGGCGAAAACUGGCAUGAUCCCGUUCUGUGCAAAUACCUCAAGAAAUGGAUUAAGAAAUGUGACGACGACUCGGAAACAUCGAAUUGGAUUGCGGCCAACACAAAGGAAUGCCCCAAAUGCAAUGUGACAAUUGAAAAAGAUGGUGGAUGCAAUCAUAUGGUGUGCAAAAAUCAAAAUUGCAAACAUGAUUUCUGUUGGGUGUGCUUGGGAUCAUGGGAACCACACGGCUCAUCGUGGUACAAUUGCAACCGAUACGAUGAGGACGAAGCGAAAGCUGCACGUGAUGCUCAGGAAAAGUUACGAUCGUCGUUGGCUAGGUAUCUUCAUUACUACAACCGUUACAUGAAUCACAUGCAAUCGCUGAAAUUUGAGCAUAAACUUUACAACUGCAUCAAAGAGAAGAUGGAAGAGAUGCAACAGCACAAUAUGUCCUGGAUCGAGGUUCAAUUUCUGAAGCGUGCCGUCGAUAUAUUGGUUCAGUGUCGGCAAACUCUUAUGUGUACAUAUGUUUUUGCGUAUUACUUACGCAAAAAUAAUCAAUCGCUAAUAUUCGAAGCGAAUCAAAAGGAUUUGGAGACCGCUACGGAGAAAUUGUCAGAAUAUUUGGAACGUGAUAUCACAUCGGAAAAUUUGGCCGACAUUAAGCAAAAAGUUCAAGAUAAAUAUCGAUACUGUGAGAAGCGCCGAAAGGUGUUGUUGGAUCACGUGCACGAGGGAUACGAAAAUGAUUGGUGGAUCUACACCGAAUAAGAAAAUCGAAAUAGAAAUUGACAAAGAAAAUCGAAACCGUGAAUUGUAACUUGUUCCCUGCAUCUCUUUUUUCUCUUGAUGACAUUUGGCUUUCUUUAUUCAUUUGAUUUAUAUUGAUCAUAUGCACACACAAAGUGUUAUUUUCCCAUAAAAAAUGUACAUUUUAUAGUAGGAAUCAUGAAAAUUUGAAGAAGCAACGUUUUAGUCGAAACCCUAAAAAAACUGUGUAUUAACCUAACCGUGUAAAUGAAUUUUCACAUGUAUUUCAUAGAGAUAGUUUUCAAAAUGAUAAUGUCAGCGAUAGAUAAAAGCAAUUAAAAAUGAAAUAUUUUUUCAACAUAUAUAUAUUCCCGAAACCCAACAUCAUCCAAGUCUCUGACACACAAAGAGCAAUUGAACAAAACAACAAACUGUUGCCAGAGAAUUCACAAUAGUUCUCAUCACAAAUUGUAAAUAAAAGUAAAUUGAGAUAAAUGAUUGCAAAAUAAAAAUAAAAACAACAACAGCAGAAAAUCUAUACGUGAGCAAAGCAGUGUAAAUAAAUUAGAUUUCCCUUA